CACUAAUAAUCAGCGUUGGCCACGUCCCUGUCUGUCCCUCCCUCUCUCUCUCUCUCUCUAAUUUCCAUUGUUCCUGAGAUUUUCUCUCCAUUAGAACCAUCUCAUCUCUGAAAGGACAUCCGAUCCUCGGUGCCAUUCCCUUCGCCCUGCAUGGCUGCGGCAGGUCGGCCACUGCCCAAGUUCGGGGAGUGGGAUGUGAACAACCCGGCGUCCGCCGAGGGAUUCACCGUCAUCUUCAACAAGGCGAGAGACGAGAAAAAGACCAGCGGAACUGCAGCGAACAUGGUGUCCCCUCGAAGGAACGUGUCCCCUCAAAGAAACAACUCGACUUACAACAAGAACGAGAAGAGGCAGCAGAGUUCUAAGAGAAAAUGGCUCUGCUGCGGCUGACUUCGACUGCUGCUCUUGAGGCUCAAAAUAUGCAACUGGCAUUAACAUCGUGACACAGAACUACAUACUCUUGUCCCAGAGGCAACGAAUGGCUGUAACCCUGGUGCUUACCUUUACCUUUUCAAAUAAAGAGAUUAUGUUGUAAUUUGCUUAUCAUCGGCUUCGUCGCAUUCUUGAUGCAUAUGAAUCCUGUCGCAAGAUCUACAUACAAUUAAAUACAUAAGCUCUUCUUCAAGUUCA